UCGGACAUCGAUUUCGCCCUCAAGAACAAGAAUAUUGAGCCGUUGUUCGGGUUUUGCAAUUCAGAGGACUCUCCCUUUCGGUUCGCUUCCGGCGGCGGACGUGAGCUGUACUUCAAUGAGGAGAAAGAGAUCGAUUUGGCAGAAGUGAUCACCGCUUCCAACGCACCCAAACUGCCGCAAGACGUGGCCCUCAAAGUGCAUUGGCUGAGCAUCGAUGGCGUUCAGCCGUCAAUACCCGAUAAUCCGCCGCCACUUUCGCGAGACCAGCAAAAGGAGGAGAGCGUCGACCCGGCGAUGGCGCUGAAGAAGGCGUCGCAACUGAAGCCCAAUCAACAGCAGAAACUGCAACAGAAGAAGAAGAAACAGAUGGAAAUGGUUAGAGUGAAACAGUUCGCCACUCACGAGCUGUCCGUUGAACAACAGCUGUACUACAAAGAGAUCACCGAAGCGUGUGUGGGCUCUGAUGAGGGCCGACGCUUCGAAGCGCUCCAGUCGUUGACAUACGACCCGGGAUUGCAUCAAAUGUUACCACGACUUUGCACUUUCAUCAGCGAAGGCGUCAAAGUGAAUGUGGUUCAAAACAAUUUAGCGCUUCUCAUAUAUCUGAUGCGAAUGGUUAAAGCGCUUCUCGACAAUCAUAACCUCUACCUCGAGAAGUACUUACACGAACUCAUACCCACUGUCCUCACGUGCAUUGUCUCCAAACAACUCUGCAGUCGACCCGAUGUUGACAAUCAUUGGGCGCUCCGAGACUUCGCGUCCCGUCUUUUGGCACAAAUUUGCAAAAACUUCAACACAACCACUAAUAAUGUUCAGACGAGAGUCACUCAACUGUUGAGCCAAUCCCUGGAUAAGGAUCGGUUGCCGAUGGCCUCGUGUUACGGCGCGGUCUCCGGUCUCUGCGAGUUAGGCACUGAAGUUCAGCGAACUUUUCUCUUCAAACGAUUGAAAUUAAUCGGCGAAAGGAUUCGCGUGUAUUUCGAGACAUCAAACAUGUCGACCGAUAAGGCACUCCUCACCGCAGACAAGUCGGCCGCCGAUCACAUCAAACAGCUAUUGCUUAACAAACUUCCGCAGUCUCUUAGGACAUCUCGACCCACACCUGACGUUCUCGAGGAGUACAAAACUGAAUUCGGAUAUUUGGGUCCCGCUCUUCAUUCGGCUGUGGUGCGUUCGCGAUCUGUGGGAACACAAGUGGCUCCGCAAAUAGGUUCUCAAUUGGGAACUCCUAUCACAUAUCACUUACCAUCGAGUAGUCCGCGUCCAUGCCAAUCCCUGGAUAAGGAUCGGUUGCCGAUGGCCUCGUGUUACGGCGCGGUCUCCGGUCUCUGCGAGUUAGGCACUGAAGUUCAGCGAACUUUUCUCUUCAAACGAUUGAAAUUAAUCGGCGAAAGGAUUCGCGUGUAUUUCGAGACAUCAAACAUGUCGACCGAUAAGGCGCUCCUCACCGCAGACAAGUCGGCCGCCGAUCACAUCAAACAGCUAUUGCUUAACAAACUUCCGCAGUCUCUUAGGACAUCUCGACCCACACCUGACGUUCUCGAAGAGUACAAAACUGAAUUCGGAUAUUUGGGUCCCGCUCUUCAUUCGGCUGUGGUGCGUUCGCGAUCUGUGGGAACACAAGUGGCUCCGCAAAUAGGUUCUCAAUUGGGAACUCCUAUCACAUAUCACUUACCAUCGAGUAGUCCGCGUCCAUCCAUUAUCAUACCAUCAAACAACACGAAUAAUAGAAUCCAAAUUCAACCACAAGUCACGUCGCCGGCCAUCAGAAGACCCGGUAUUAUGGGAACUCCGAGCCAACGGAUAGUACUCAUGCAACAGCCGGGCUCUCCCGGGCCCACACAUACGGGAGGUUUUGUGCGAAUCGGUGGUAACACACCGGGCACUCCAUCUGUUCAACGAUAUGUAAUGAUUAAUCCCAAUAAUUCAAUGAAUCAGUCGUCGAAUCAGUCUUCACAACAACCAUAA